CAAAGUAGACUAAAAUUUACACACACCAAUUGACUCGUGGUUGAGCUGUAGUUGGUUCAACUAAUCAUUUUUCCCACCGCGGCAAUGCCAAUACAGUACACAUUAAGCAUCCAAUCAAAUGUCACACAAAAAUUCUUCCAUCUCUCUUCAUUCUUUAUUUUCUUUUUCACUUCUAUUCCAAGUUAAAAUUAAAUAAACACAAAUCUACUCUCCACUAUUCUCCUAAUUCUAUAAGAACAUGAACAACCCAUCAAAAAUAUUUCAAAUCUCAUUCCCACAAUAAAAUUAAUUCCUACCCCUUUCAACCAACAUGUCUCACAAAUCCCCCAUUUCCAAUCUCUUCUUCUUCAUCUUCCUCUUCUGCUUAAUCACCUUCUCCGUCGCUGGUAAACACCGCUCUCGCCGCCCCUGCCGCCACCUAGUCUUCUACUUCCACGACAUCCUCUUCAAUGGACACAACGCAAAGAACGCAACCUCAGCCAUUGUCGGAGCUCCAGCAGGGGGAAACUUGACGACUCUAGCCGGGCAGAACCACUUUGGUAAUGUGGUGGUGUUCGACGAUCCCAUUACACUUGACAACAACCUCCACUCGCCGCCGGUGGGACGAGCGCAGGGAUUCUAUUUUUACGACAAGAAGGAAAUCUUCACGGCGUGGCUUGGAUUUUCGUUUGUGUUUAACUCGACGGAACAUAGAGGGAGUUUGAACUUUGCGGGAGCGGAUCCGUUGAUGAAUAAGACGAGAGACAUUUCGGUGGUCGGAGGGACGGGGGAUUUCUUCAUGGCGAGAGGAAUUGCGACUCUGUCAACGGAUUCGUUUGAAGGGGAAGUUUAUUUUAGGCUUCGGACGGAUAUUAAAUUGUACGAAUGUUGGUGAUUUUUAGUUUUCUUUUCUUUUGCUAAGUCGUUUUCAAAAUGUUUGUUUUCUUCAAAAUCCGAACGUGUUUGCUUUUUAUAUUUGAUGAAAAAGAAAAUGUAAUGCAAUAAAUUGAUUGGAUGAGGCUUUGAUUUCUCACUUU